AUGUCCCAUGAUGCCCAGGUCGUUCCGCAGAGGUGCGGGGCUCCCGUGAGCAAGGACUGCACCAAAAUAGGUCAGGCUUCCAUGGCGCGUCCCGAUGGAGUUGCCCUAACCUCCUCCACCGAUGCGAAUCCGCCGUGCCGGAUGACAGCGCGCGCGGGUGACGCGAUGCUAUGGGCCUCAAACCCCGAGUCUCAAGACGCGCUGUUCUUGCUGGGCGGGCGAGGGCAUGUCAGAAAAUGGGAGCAAUCUUUUGCGAGGAAGGCAGACAAGGGCAGAGCCCACUCGGGGCACGGCGGUGGUCUCGCCGCCUCAGACAUUGCACAGGUGCUAGAAGCAGUGAUGAUGAAGCUGCCCAGUCUGGGCGACACGCUGCCGCUGGGCUACACGCUGCCGCUGCUCGGCAUCCAGAAGCAGAGGCAGUCGGGAGGACUCGAGGCUUUAGGGCUCACUGCGGCGCGAUAUGGCUGUAGUAAUAUGUGGAAAGGCGCCGGCGGACGUAGGGGACAUGCCGUGCAGAUGGUGGGUAGCACGAGGUACCUCAUGCGGGUCUCCAAGCGUAAUCGUUCGAUACGUUCCAUGGCCCGACCGCCCUUGUUCGGUCGACCGCCCUCAGGGCAUGCAUGCUUGCCCGCCAUCGCAGCUCCAUCGUACCUUGGUUACCCGUGCACGCUUGUUCGCUGGAUUCCGGGACCACUGCGCUAUGACAGUCUGACCUACUUGCCUGACGGUCUUCCGAGCGAGUCCUUUGUUCGCUCCUCCGUCACCCUCGAGCCUCCAACGCCUGACCAAACAGCAGAAGCUCCUGUGACGGGCCUCUGCCUCAGCGCGUCUGCACUGCCUGCUCUCCGCUAG